AUGGAGUCCUUGAAAAUCUCCUUUGCAAUACUAUCCAUUUGCGGAAUAUGGAAACCAGUGGGCAUCAACUCGAGCAGCAGUAAAUGGGCCUAUGACGUUUGGCGCCUGCUAUUCAUGCCCCAACCAUACCUAUUUGCUUGUGCACAGUUGGCUCGUAUAGUCCUCGUGGACUUGAGCUUCCAAGAAAUCACGGAGAUUCUCUUUAUUUUCAUCUCGAUCCUAAACAUCUGUUGCAAGUCUGUAAACUACGUUGUUCGGCGUAAGGACAUCAUCAAUUUGACGUCGAUGCUCAGUACCGAUUGUCUACUCCCCAGGGAUAAAGAGGAAAUUGAAAUUUAUCGGCGCUGUCGACAAUUUAUACGAUACGUGACGUUGUCGAGCGUCGUCCUGGUGGAAAUAACCGCCCUGAUGUUCCUGUGCUUGCCGCUGUUCCGAAGCAAGAGGGCCAGCCGCGAGCUGCCCUUCCCGAUCUACGUGCCGUGGUCGGAGAACAAGUUCUGGUCGACUUACGCGGGGGAGUUCCUGGCCAUCAUGACCGUAUCCUCGAUAUCAGCGUCCAGCAACACCCUCAUUUUCGGGCUGCUGCUCGAGGCUCGCAAUCAAUUCGACCUGUUGGCCUACAGGUUCGGCGCAAUGUCCCGGCACGGCAUAAUGCUCGAUUGCGAUGGCGUUGGUGGCUUCGAGGAGAGAACUUUGCUGGUCCAAAAUAUUCGGCAUCACGGGGAUAUUUUCAAAUUCAUCGAUGCCAUAAAAAACACUUUCAGUAUAGCCAUAUCGGGACAGUUCGUCACAAGUUCCCUGGUUAUUUCGAUGAGCGUGUAUCAACUGACCAUGAAUAACUCCUUCAACCUGGGUUUUCUUACAAAUUUGCUUUAUUUGAUGUGCAUGUUGGUGGAAUUUUUUCUUUAUUGUUGGUUCAGCAAUGAAUUGACUCUGAAAAGCGAAAGUUUUGGCAAGUCAAUAUUUAAAACCAAUUGGGUAGCAUUAGAUGUAAAAAACAAAGAUAUCAUUGUAGUAAUGCUUCGUUCGUCAAAACCAGUUGUAAUAACGAGUGGAUUUUUCAUCGUACUGUCAUUAGAAACAUUUAUGAAAGUGCUCAAACUCUCGUAUUCUGCAUUUAGCGUAUUAAGAAGAGGCAAAUAG